CACACGUCAACUACAACGAAGCGCCGCGGCUCACACUCCUUUGACGGCACUGUAAUCUCGUGCUGUUCACAUCGGUCAAAUCAAAAUCGACAGGCUCUUCGGAACAGAGGAGAUACGCCGCGCUUCUUUUCCUUGACGACAUGUCGCCUUGAAGUCUCAUCUUACCACAACAUCCGCGUGCUCCUGACAUCCACCUCGCCGUCACCAUGGAGUCAAACACAUCAGCAUCCUCUACUCCUCUCGACCACAUCACCCAAGCCCUCAACGCGACUCUCGAUCCACGCAUAUCCAACGACAUCCGACAACAAGCACUCCAACACCUCGAAGCCGUCAAAUCGCAACCCGACGCCCCGCAAAACGGCUUUGCUCUCGCGGACGACUUUUCACAACCUGACUCACUUCGAUACUACGGCCUGCAACUCCUCGAAUACGCUGUCCGAUACCGCUGGCAAGAGUACAGUCCAACGGACACGCAACAACUUCGGCGGUGGGUCACAUGUCUCGCGGGCAGCUUACGAGAGCAAGAUGCAUUGUUUUUGAGGAACAAGAUCGCACAGUUGUGGGUGGAGGUUGCGAAGCGGUCGUGGGGAGAGGAGGUAGGAGGGAAUCGAGAUGAGGCAGAUGGCUGGUUGAAUAUGGAUCAGCUGUUGGUGAAUCUGUGGGAUGCUGAGGGCAAAGGAGCGGGGAACAAGGUGUUGGCGUUGGGAAUCCUUGAGGCACUGAGUGAGGACAUUGUUCACACUGAGGAUGCGUUGGCUGGGCUGAGGUCGGAGGUUCUCGGACAUGCGCUGAACGAGAUCAUGAUCCCAGCUGGAUUGUACGAGGAGCACACAAAGUCGAGGGAGACAUCGAGACAGGAGGUACGAGCUGGCAGUGAAGGAUGGCUGAACAGGGUGUGUUCGUUCUUCGCACUGUGCGUCAAGCAGGCGCGAGUCGGGGGUGGAGAGGCGGCAACAUAUGAGAUGUGUGCGAUCAAGGCUCUGAACACUCUUCGGCCAACGAUGGGGUGGAUCAGCUUGAAGGCUGUGAACGAGGUCAGCUGCGUGGAUUGUCUGUUCCUGCCGUUCCACACGCCGAACGUGCCGUUGCAAAUGGCUGCUGUGGAGGUUCUGCUUGCACUUCUUGGCCGGCCAUACAACACGCACUUUCACGAUACUUGGUCGGCGUUGACGAAACAAGCUCUUCAACCAGAGCGGAUCGCCAUGAUUCGCGAGGCAUUCGUACAGACGAGCAGCGCGCCUGGCGAGGAUGAGGAGAAGUACGCAUUGCAGAAGAAGAUGUCGGAACUCCUCUCGAUUCUGACGGACUCUAUUGCACGGCGCCCAGAACUUGCGGAUGACGGUAUCGACCUUUCAGCACUUUUUGACCUUCUACUCCUGGUGCUGCAACACAAGAGCUUGACCGUCUCGAUACCGGUGCUUCACAGCUGGACGAAGAUGAUCAAUGCUCAAGAAGAUAAGCUCGUCGAUCUUGUCCUCACAGCUCUUCCGACAUUACUCCAGACCUGCAGCGAACGCAUGCUACGGUACGAGGCCUUGCCCGACGAUGAAACAGAUGACAUCCUCCAAUUUCUGGACGAAGACUUCGAUACAAUUCCCGAACGACACGCUUUCCUUGGCAACUACCGCCGAUACUGUGUGGUGAUCAUUCAGUCCAUCGCACGCUGCAGACCUAUCGAGGCGUUGUCCAUUGUUCUGCAAGAGAUGCAGUCGAUGCUGGAGAAUGGACCAUACACUGCAGCACGCGGCUUCGAAAGCGCCAAGUACUCCAAGACUUCGAUACCCAUACUAAAAUUUGACGCCCAAUUCAAUGUUGUCUCUGCAGCUUUACAAGGGUACAAGUCAUGGAUGGGAGAUGUCUCUGGAGUCACGCCAGAGCAGGAGCUGUACAUGAAAGUGCAGAAGGACUUUCAGGAUGCGGCAAAUUCUCUCCAGCAAUGGUGCUACGGCAUGGUCAACAUCCACACAGACGAUCCAAUCGUUGCGGAGCAGAUACUGGAGACCAUGGUCAUGGUGGUGAAGACGCUGAAAGAGCCAUCGACGAGCUUCGUGUUGCAAAUGGUGCAGCAUCUGCUUACUAUGCGGCUGUAUGAUCAACCGGCACACACCAUCUUCUCGGACGCUGUCAAGACAUUCGAAGCUUUGCGAGUGGUCGAGCUGCAGAAGAUCGCGCUCAAAUUCUCGAACCCGCUACUGGAGGUGUACAACGAACUGGAGCCACGGAUAGAAGUGCUCGUCCAGAAGCACAGCGAUGACCCUAGACUGGUUUGGGGCUACAAAGCUUUCCUCUUCAUGAUUGUGCACCGCGCUGGCGAUAUCGAACCUGAGCCUCGCAUGAACAGGCUGCAGCAGAUGCUCAGACCUGUCCACGCUGCUUGGACAAAUCCCGACUUGGCUGCUUCAGUCGCGACUCUACAAACAUUUUGCGACUCACUGGCAAUGGGCGACCUGCCAGAAUUCUACCAAUCUCAUGGCUUCCACCAAGUACAAGACUGGUCCACACGAGUAUUGGACGCCCGGGGACAAGCGCGGCAGACCGAAAUCGGAGACAAGGCCGGAGCAUUGCCACUGCGGAUGACAAAGUCGAUGCUCGCGGCCAGCGCCGAGUCCUUGAAGACCGGUUCAAGAGAGUAUAACGAUGCGGCCGCAUUGUGGUCAGGCUUGAUUCCGCUGAUUCUGCCAAACUUGCUCCAGAUGCUUCGCCAUGCUCAAGCAUUCCACAACAUGUCGAAUUACUCCAGUCUCUCACCUGACAUCCAAGCUGUCGUCAAGCGGACCCACCAAGAUCGGUUCUGGCAAUCUGGAAUAUCUAAUGAGAGCAAAGACGAUUUCUACGCUCGCAUCCAAGGCAGCAAAUCCUCCCUUGAGGGCUUUGCAAGCACCGUCCGCGGUGUCAUGCGCACAGUUCGCGAGACAGGCUAUCACAUCCUCUACCUGUUGACCAAAUUCGACGAUAAAUUCUACGGCCUUUCAGGAGAACUUGCCGCUCCACUCGCAGAAGCUCUCUUUGCCGACGCUGGCAGUUUGAGCUCGAACCAUCUCCAGCCUGUGAUCAAUGUCACGACCGGCCUCGUCCAGCGAUGUCCUUCUCACUAUCGCUCUCAAUUCCUCCCACUCAUCCUUCGCCAUCUUUUCCUCGCGCUAGACGGCAAGAUCUCCGCGGAGUGGGAAGUCAUUGGCCAAGCCGCCGAACGUGCAGGACAAGAUGGCGACGAGCUAGGCGACGAGAUGCGCUCAGAAAGCGUCCUCCGCCAACUGACCUUCAGCAUGACCCACUUCGUAGAAUGGCUUUUCAACUUCGACCGCCAACAGCAGCAACUGUCCGUGCAGACCCAGUCAAAUGGCAACGCUACGAACGGCCACAGCCACUCUCCAGCAGCCACAGCGAAACCCUCCAUGACCGAACUCAUCCUCUCAGACCCCAACAUCCUCGAACCUCUGAUCCUCUUCUGCACCCACGUGCUGCGUGUGCACGACACACGCUGCUGCAGCAUGAUCUGCAAAGUCUUUCGCGGAUACAUUCCCGUCUUCGGCGCGACUCCGACGACUACCAGCUUAUCCAUCUCUCCCGAGACGGCGAGCCAAGUCCGAGAGUUUAUCUCGACAGAAGCACUCAAAGCAUGCAUCACCUCGCUCAACGAGCCGUACUUCGCCGAUCUGCAGAAGGAGCUGGCGAUGGUGAUCGCGCAGAUAUUGUCGCUUUACUCGCCGCUUACGAAUACGCCAAGGGAGGUGCUGUGCAGUCUGCCGAUGAUGAAGCCAGAGAAGGUGGACAAGGCGAUUGGACGGAUGAAGGGACGUAGCGAGAGGGGCAUGAGAGCGGUUGUGUUGGAGUUGUUGGAGGGCGUGAGGGGUGUGAGCAUCUAUGAGGCGGGCAAGGUCACUGUCAAUGGGAAGGGUGGACAUGGCGCCAAGAGCAAAGCCGGGCCAAGGAGGGAGUGGCAGGUGCAGCAGAAUCAAAAUCAGAAUCAGGGGGUUGGCGGAGAGGAGUUGGAGGGUGUGGCGGGACUGUUCGGAGAGCAGUAA